AUGUUAAUGAUAUAUAAAAUUUCAAUUAUAUAUAAUAUUUUUAUUAUAUUGAUACGAAUUAAAUGCACUUCUUGUUCAGACACUAAACUUCUUGAAGACACUGGAAAAUGUGUUACAGCCACCGAAUGUCCAUCUGGAUACUACAAAGACACAGCAACUGCAACACGUAAGAAGAGCAAAACUGGAAGCAAUUGUCUGACUUGUGAAUUGGACACAAAGUCCACCGAGAGUAUUUCAUGCACAACUGACAAUCUCCAACCAGACAAAACUUGCAAACCAAACUUCCCAGAAGCGUACUUUGCAAAUGAUAAGGUGUACACUGCAUGUGUUGAUGAUUGCAAAACAUGCACCGAAGAAACUAAGUGCACUAUUUGCAAAGAAGAUGCUCUGAUGGUUGAAGACACCAAAAAGUGUGUGAAAGGCAACUGUCCAGAAAUGUAUUUCAAAGAGGGUGCUGAGAAGAUGUGCAAGAGAUGCACUGAUGGUUGCAAAGUGUGCAGCAAUGCAACUGACUGCCAAGAGUGUGUUGCACCAAAGAUGUUGGAGGAGGGAACUAUGAAGUGUGUUGAGAAAUGUGGAGAUGGGGUUUUCAAUGUCGACAACAAAAAGUGUGAUAUGUGCAUGGCAAACUGCAUGAUGUGUGCAGCAAAGGAAAAGUGUGAUAAGUGCAAAGACAACUAUUUUAUGUCCGAUGACAAGUGUGUUGACAUGUGUCCAGAAAAGUACUUUGAAAAAGAAGGAAAGUGCGAGAAGUGCAAAGACACUUACAAUACGCCAUGCAAACAAGGCGACACUGAAUGUAAAGUUUGUAUAAACAAAAGUGGGACAUUGAAGGUGUUAGUUGAAGCUGUGGUGAUCAUUCUUAGAGAUGAAGACUUUCAUCACUUCAGUGCCAAAGGGAGAUACGCAGCAAUGCACGAUGAACUGCUUAUUGAGGGGUCGAGUGCGUGCACAACACUCUGA